AUGCACAAAGUUUACGUAAGCGGCUUCUUCUUUGUCUUUGCGGAGAGUGAGGUCUCCUCCGAAGGCACCUCACAAACAGACAGACGAUUGGACGACUUCGAGAUGGCGAAGAGAGCAGCGGCAGAGCCUUUGGAAGACAGUGUGCCUGUGAACUCGCCGGCAUCGAAGAAGGCGCGGAUCCAGGACGUGCCGGACGAAGACCUCCCUCCUCCACCUCCACCACCAGAGGAACGCACAAAUGGCCAUGCGACAACGGGUAGCACUCCGGACAUUGCAAGCGCAGACAAGGAGGAACACGAUGAGCUCGAAGAGGCAGAUGCGCUGGACGAUGAGGACGAAGACAAUGGGCAGAUACGCACCUUGCGACAAAAGGAAGCAAUGGACGGCUACCAGGACUUAUAUCUGGACAGCAUCACCAGAUCAGCCUUGGAUUUCGACUUCCUACGGCAAUGCUCCAUAACACUAUCAAAUCAGAAUGUCUACGCCUGCCUGGUAUGUGGCAAGUAUUUCUCCGGACGAGGGACGAAAACGCCCGCCUACUUCCACGCCCUCGAGAUAGGGCACCACGUCUACAUCAACAUGGAGACGAAGAAGGUGUAUGUGCUACCGGAAGGCUACGAGGUCAAGAGCAAGAGCUUAGACGACAUCAAGUUCGUCGUCGACCCUCAAUUCACACCAGAAGAAGUCAAAGCGUUAGACAAGGAACGACCACCCGCCUGGGACCUGGCAGGCCGCAAAUACUACCCCGGCUUUGUCGGACUCAACAACAUCAAAGCCAACGACUACGUCAACGUCGUCGCCCAAGCCCUCGCCCACGUCACGCCCCUCCGCAACUUCAUGAUGCUCGAAGACCUCUCCUCCCGCCCCCAACUCCCGCAACAAUUCAGCGUCCUGGUCCGCAAGCUCUGGAACCCCAAAGCCUUCAAAAACCACGUCUCCCCGCACGAGUUGAUGCAAGAAGUCAGCCUGCGCAGCAACAAGAAAUACCUCCUCACCUCGCAAGCCGACCCCAUCGAAUUCCUCAACUGGUUCCUCAACAACCUCCACCUCACUCUCGGCGGCAGCAAAACCAAACUCCACAGCUCCCUCAUCCAGAACAUCUUCCAGGGUUCCCUCCGCAUUGAGUCCCAAUCCAUCACCGCCCGCGCCGACGCCGGCGACCGCCUGCUCUUCGAAGACGCAGCGAUCAAAUCCCAAACCUCCCCCUUCAUGAUCCUCACCCUCGACCUGCCCCCGGCACCACUCUUCCAAGACGACGUGGAAAAGAACAUCAUCCCGCAAGUCCCCCUCACCACCGUGCUACAAAAAUACAACGGCAUCACCGCGCAAGAGCGCCUCAACACCCGCAUGCGCUACCGCCUCUUACAUCCCCUCCCACCUUACCUCAUCAUGCACGUCAAACGCUUUUUACCAAACAAAUUCCUGCAAUCCCAGCGCAACCCGACAAUCGUCACCUUCUCCCCCCGCGCGCUCGACGUCUCCCCCUACGUCGAACCGAACCCCCAGAUCCACCCGCCCCGGGAGCCGAUCCUCUACGACCUCGUGGCGAACAUCACCUACGAAGGCGUCAAGGUGCGGGAUGAUUCGGUGGAAGGCGAGGCGGAAAGGAAAGUCUGGAAGUGCCAGGUUAGGGAAGGUGGGGAGGGGGGCGGGUGGUGGGAGAUGCAGGAUUUGUUCGUCGAGAGGGUGAAUGCGGAGUUGUUGGGGAGUAAGGAGAGUUAUGUUAUGGUGUGGGAGAGGAGGAAGACGAGUAAGGGGAAGCAGAAGGAGAGGGUGAGAUGA